CUACAUUUCUUCUUUCUCAAACUUUGAAAAAACAUAUAGGAACGCAUAUGUGUCAGGUAAUUCAAAUUGAUCAGUUCGAACGUUCAACCCUUUUACUUCCCUUUUUCUUUUUUUCUUUCCAUUUGAGAAUCUCUUUUUUUAUUGUUCUCUCCUCUUCUCUUCUUUUCUUUUUGCUCUGCUCUCCUUUACUCUUUCUUACUCUGUCUACCUACCUUGUGUUUUACAUACACAAUUUACAUCAACAAAACAUGCGUCAGACAGACCAUGACAUCCAACGCACUUUUCUCUUGUCUCUUUUCAUCCGCUACUUUUCGCUAUACGGUUUUUCAUAAUUCAUGCAACUUCACUAUUCAAAUCGUCAUGUUCUCAUCAGUAGUAGUGGCUACAGACAAAAUUUGAAAACCAUGGGUUUGUUUACAUCCAAGUGUUGUCAACAAAGCAUAUUGAGACACGACAUUUUGUUUAACCACCAAAUUCAUUGGAUUUUUUUAUGGCAAACAAAAAAGAAACUUGUUUUCUUAUCGAAGAUGAAUGAAUCGUUCUUAAAUCUUUGGUAGAAAAAGAACAGUCGUAUUUCAAUUUUACGUACCUAUACAACCGGUGACGCCAUGGACUUACCUUAUAUUGCCUGUGUAUCCCACUAUACUAAUCUUACCAUUUCCCAACAUCUAUUCGUCGUAGUUUCGAAUUAUUCUUGCGGGCAAAUUUCUCAUUUGUAAAAAGG